UCCAUAUAUUGAGACGAUAUUAUAAAUGACUAAAUCUUUGCUUGCUUUUAACUAAAUGAAUAAAAUAUGGAAAUCUUAGAAAAUCACUCCUAAACAUGCCUUGUAUGAUUCGUAGUUAAAACCUUAAUUAGCACCCAUUUUCACCAAAUGCCUUAUUCUCUAAUUACUUUUCCUCAUAAUUGACUGUUCAUUGCCAGUUGUUUAGACAUGGAGCCCUUUGCAGAGGUGAGUUGCAUAUUGAAAGUGGAUGUCCAUUGCGAUGCCUGCAAGAUGAAGAUGGUGGAAGUAUUGAGCGCUGUAUGCGGAGUGUAUGCAUUGACAAUAAAUGCAGAAAAAGGAGAAGUAAAUGUUUGUGGGGAAGUUGACCCAAACCUACUUGUGAAAGCACUAAAGGGAACAGGAAAACAUGCAGAAAUAGUAUCAGUGAAGCUGAAGCAUCCUGCUCUUUGUACUCCCACACCACAUUAUAAUUAUUAUCGUCCUCCUUAUAUUGCCUAUGGCUAUAACCAUAGUGCAUUAGGAGGACCCUAUGGCUUCUACCCCACAAUGACAAUGAGCCCAUACUACUCAAUGAGAAGACCUAUGAUGGAGCAUCCUCACUACUAUGGGCAUCCUUCCUCAUAUCCCAGGUUUCGCCCAUUUUAUUACUAAUUAUUUUAUGUGGCAUAUGCUGGAAUAGAGUGAUCGCUAUAGGAAGAUAUGUUUUAGUAGUUCAAUUCAUUCAUGUGCUAGCUACUUGGGACUGUUAACCUGGAAUGUUAUGCUUUAAUCUUAACUUCUGAAUACUAGAUGUAUCUUUUGAGUCUCAAUUCUUCUUGUCUAUACUUUUGAUUAGAUAAACUAUCGACUGUGAACGUAGGUUGUGUUGAGAAUAUAUUGAGGCUAGUAAAAUCUUGUCUAACGAGACAAAAACACAACUUUCUAUGUUAAGAGUCCGAAUUGGAAAGUAUAGUCUCGAAGUGGAAAAGAUGUGGUUGACCAUGGCAUUUGGAAGAGCUCAAUUUAGGCAUCAUAUCUCGAGAUUAUCCAGAACUUGACACAUUGGGUUGGUGUAUAUCUAAAUUAUAUUUGAUCCUAAUUACUCCUUUCAUAUUUAGCUAUUUGGUACUUCCUCCGUUUUAAUUUAUUUGUCAUGAUUUUUUGAAAUGGUAAUCUCAAAUUAUUUGUCAUUUUAGAAGUUCAAGAUAAUUUUUUUUUUUUUUCAUUUUACCUUAGUAGUAAUUGUUUCUUGAAGACAAGUAAAAUGAAGGGAGGUAGUGGCCUCCACCCCUGGAUGCUGACAAGGCAAAGAGGCGUUCACUCUUUUUUAAGCGGUUGAUGAAACAUCAACAAAUUAGCUUUCAAGUGAAGUAUUUUUCAACUGUUAAUCGUAACAUAGUCAUAAAUAAUGAUUUAUGUAUUUCAAUUAUGUAUUUCUUCUCACUUAUUAAUGUACCACAUGAUUUCACUUAAACUUUGUAUUUUU